AUGUCUCCACUUAUAAGAAGCAUUGUUGAUAUCACCGAAGUUUUCAAUCAAUAUGCAUCACAAAGUUGUGAUGGAGCAUCACUUAGCAAGAAAGACCUGAAAAACCUCCUUGAGAGAGAACUUGGAGAUGUCCUUCAGACACCACAUGACCCUGAGACGGUAGACCUGACCCUAGAGCUUCUCGAUCGCGACUGCAACGGACGUGUUGAUUUCAACGAAUUCCUCCUGAUAGUUUUCAAGAUUGCUCAAGCUUGCUAUUAUGCUCUCGACCAGGCCACACAGCUAGGCGAGAAGAGAGCCCUGCCCAGGGAAAAAAGGAACCUGUCACAAGAUCGCAGGCAAGAAGACCAAAGGAGAUUCGAGCUCCGGGACAGACAACUGGACGAAGAACCUGGGCGCCGAAGCCGGCAGAAGAGACUUGAGCAGGAGGAGCGCGCUGAGGAGCAGAGGUUGGAGCAGCUCGACAGGCAGCACCGCGACGAAGAGCAGCGACUGCAAAGGCGAGAACUGCAAGAACUGGAGGAGCGCCUUGCAGAGAAAGAGCCGCUAAGCUCGAGUAAGGGUCGUGACGCUGAGGAGUUUUCUGAGGUAGAGGAACAGCAAAGGCGAGAGAGACAGGAACUCAAGGGCAAGGGCCAAACAGAAGAGAGAAGGCUGCAGAGGCGCCGGCAAGAAGAGCUGCGCGAACCCCAGCUGAGGCGCGAUCAGGAGCUGAGGCGCGAUCAGGAGCUGAGGCAGGAACUGAGACGCGAACAGGAGCUGAAUCGCAGGCAGGAGCUGAGGCGCGAACAAGAGCUAAGGCGCGAGCAGGAGCUGAGGCAGGAACUGAGACGCGAACAAGAGCUAAGGCGCGAGCAGGAGCUGAGGCAGGAACUGAGACGCGAGCAGCAGCUGAGGCAGGAACAGAGGCGCGAACAAGAGCUAAGGCGCGAGCAGGAGCUGAGGCAGGAAAUGAGACGCGAGCAGGAGCUGAGGCAGGAACUGAGACGCGAGCAGGAGCUAAGGCGCGAGCAGGAGUUGAGGCAGGAGCUGAGACGCGAGCAGGAGCUAAGGCGCGACCAGGAGCUGAGGCAGGAACUGUGGCGCGAGCAAGAGCUGAGGCAGGAGCGGAGGCGCGAGCAGGAGCUGGCUGAGGAGGAUGAGCAGACACGGGUCCAGGAACCCGACGAGAGCAUCACCCAGAGGUGGCAGUGGCAGCUCGAAAGCGAGGCAGAAGCCCGUCAGAACAAGGUCUACUCUAGGCCUCGCAGGCAGGAGCAGAGGCUUCGUCAGGAGCUGGAGGAGCGUCAGCUCCGGGAGCAGGAGGAGCAGCGCCGCGACCUCCAACGGCAGCGUACCGCUGAGGAGGCGCGCGAGCGCAACCAGCGUGAGAGGCGGCAGCGGGCGGAGGAGCGCCUGGAGCAGGAGCAGAGGUUCCGGGAGGAGGAGCUGCAACGAGCAGAGCUCCAGGACAGCCUCCUAGAGGAAGAACAGAGGCGGCGCCAUGAGGAACGUCGGGAGCCAAACAGGAGCAGGCAACUGCGCGAAGAAAGCCAGAGGCGCCACACACUGUACGGCAAACCUAGCCAGAGGCAACGUAGGGAGGAAGAGCUACGCGAGGAGCGACUGCUGCGAGAAGAGCAGCGCCAGCAGCGGGAGAGGCAACACCGCAGAGAGGAGGAUCUGCAGCAGGAGGAAGAGCGGCUGCAGCAAGACGAAGAGCAACUGCAGCGGGAAAAGAGGCGCCUGCAGCGGGAGAGGCAGUAUCAGGAGGAGGACCUGCAGCAGGAAGAAGAGCGGCUGCAGCAGGAGGAAGAGCGGCUGCAGAGAGAAAGGAGGCGCCUGCAGCAGGAGAGGCAGUAUCAAGAGGAGGACCUGCAGCUUCAGGAUGAAGAUCAGCGUAGGGAUCUGAAAUGGCAGUGGCAACCAAGGAAAGAAAAUGAAGUUCGUAGUAACAGGCUCUUCGCCAAACGCAGAGAGGAUGAGGAAACGAUCCAGCAGCUGGAAGAUUCUCGGGAGCGAGAGAGACGUCAGGAUCGGCGGCCUCUGCAAGACGAAGAGGAAGAGAAGAGAGAGCUGGAGCAGGAGAGGAGGCGCCGACAGCAGCGCGACCGUCAGAUCCUAGAGGAAGAGCAGCGUCAGCGAGAGCACCACCGGGAAGCCAAAAGACUAGAUGAGGGGUUCCAGGAGGAAGAACAGCUUCAGGGAGAAUCGAGAAGACGGCAACAGGAGAGAGAUGGCAAGUUCCUUGAGGAGGAACGGCAGCUGCGGAAGGAACGGGAAGAACAGAGGCGGCGUCAAGAACAAGAGAGAGAAUUCCAAGAGGAGGAACGGCGCCUCCAAGAUCGUGAGAAAGAACUUCGGCAGGAGCGCGACAGAAAAUCCUGUGAGGAACAAGAGCGCCGCCAGCAGCGUGAGGAAGAGCAGCUAAGGCACCAGGAACGAGACAGAAGAUUCCGCCGGGAACAAGAACCCCGCCAGGAGCGUGAGGAAGAGCAGCUGAGGGACAGAAGAUUCCGCCGGGAACAAGAACCCCGCCAGGAACGUGAGGAAGAGCAGCUGAGGGACAGAAGAUUCCGCCGGGAGCAAGAACCCCGCCAGGAGCGCGACAGAAGUUUCCGCCGGGAACAAGAGCUCCGUCAGGAACGCGAAGAAGAGCAGAGGAGGCGCCAGGAACGUGAGAGAAAAUCCCGUGAGGAACAAGAGCUCCGCCAGGAACUCGAGGAAGAGCAGCUGAGGGACAGAAAGUUCCGCCGGGAACAAGAGCUCAGACGCGACAGAAAAUUCCGUGUGGAAGAAGAGCGCCGCCAGGAACUGGAGGAAGAGCAGCUGCGUGGCCAAGAGCGAGACAGUUUGAGGGUGGAGGAAGCGCAGCGCCGCCGCCAGGAAUGUGACAGAAAAUCACGCCGGGAACAAGAGCUCCACCAGGAACUUGAGGAAGAGCAGAGGAGGCGCCAGGAACGUGAGAGAAAAUCCCGUGAGGAACAAGAGCUCCGCCAGGAACUCGAGGAAGAGCAGCUGAGGGACAGAAAAUUCCGUCGGGAACAAGAGCUCAGACGCGACAGAAAAUUACGUGAAGAAGAAGAGCGCCGCCAGGAACUGGAGGAAAGGCAGCUGCGUGGCCAAGAGCGAGACCGUUUGAGGGUGGAGGAAGCGCAGCGCCGCCGCCAGGAAUGUGACAGAAAAUCACGCCGGGAACAAGAGCUCCGCCAGGAACUUGAGGAAGAGCAGAGGCGGCGCCAGGAACGUGAGAGAAAAUCCCAUGAGGAACAAGAGCUCCGCCAGGAACUUGAGGAAGAGCAGCUGAGGGACAGAAAAUUCCGUCGGGAACAAGAGCUCAGACGCGACAGAAAAUUCCGUGAAGAAGAAGAGCGGCGCCAGGAACUGGAGGAAAGGCAGUUGAGCCACCAGGAACCCGACAGAAGAUUCCGCCGGGAACAAGAGCUCCGCCAGGAGCGCGAGGAAGAGGAGCGCCGCCAGCAGCGUGACAGAAAGUUCCGCCGGGAAGAGGAGCUCCGCCAGGAACUGGAGGAAGAGCAGCUAAGACGCCAGGAACCCGACAGAAGAUUCCGCCGGGAACAAGAGCUCCGCCAGGAACGCGAAGAAGAGCAGAGGAGGCGCCAGGAACGUGACAAAACACUCCGUGAAGAACAAGAGCUCCGCCAGGAACUCGAGGAAGAGCAGCUGAGGGACAGAAAGAUCCGCAGGGAACAAGAGCUCAGACGCGACAGAAAAUUCCGUGAGGAAGAAGAGCACCGCCAGGAACUGGAGGGACAGCAACUAAGGCGCCAGGAACGUGACAGAAGAUCCCGCCGAGAACAAGAGCUCCGUCAGGACCUGGAGGAAGAGCGGCUGAGGGACAGAAAGAUCCGCCAGGAACUCCAGGAAGAGGAGCUAAGGCGCCAGGAACGUGACAGAAAAUCCCGUGAGGAACAAGAGCUCCGCCAAGAACUGGAGGAAGAGCAGCUGAGGGACAGAAAGUUCCGCCGGGAGCAAGAGCUCCGCCGGGAACAAGAGCUCCGCAAGGAGCGCGAGGAAGAGCGGCUGAGGGACAGAAAGAUCCGUCGGGACCAAGAACUCCGCCAGGAACUGGAGGAAGAGGAGCUCCGAGACAGAAAGUUCCGCCGGGAGCGCGAGGAAGAGCAGCAGCUCCGCAGGGAGCGCGAGGAGGAACAACUUCGCUUUGAGGAGCAACAGCGGCGCCGCCAGGAACGCGAGCAACAGUUAAGACAGGAGCGGGACAGGAGAGUCCGUGAGGAAGAAGAGCUUCUUCAGGAAAGGGAGGAGCUGCUGCGCCGCGAGUUGGGUGACAGGAAGUUCCAAGAAGAGGAGCGACUCCGCCAGGAAAGAGAGGAACAGCAGCGUCGUCUCCAGGAAAGGGACAACAGAAGAUUCCGCAGGGAAGUAGAGCUCAGGCAAGAAAGGGAAGAGCAGCAGCUGCGUUUCCAGGAACGGGAGCAACAGCUUCGCCAAGAGCGCCAAGAGCGUGACAGAAAAUUCCGAGAGGUAGAAGAGCUUCGCCAGGAAGAAGAGCAGCGACGCCGCCAGGAGCGUGACAGGGAAUUCCGGGAAGAGAAACACCUGCGCGAGGAACAGCAGUUGCGGAGGGAGAAGCGAGAUGGUCAGUACCCAGCUGAGGAGCAGUUUGCCAGGGAUAAGAUUCGUCGCCAGGAGCAAGAAGUACGUCAAGAAGAGGAAGAAAGACGUCGCCAAGAGCGGGAGAGAAAAUUACAAGAAGAGCAGAUCCGUCGUAGGCAAGAGGAGCAGAGGCGCCGCCAAAUCCUGGAGCCUGGCACACGCCAGUUUGCCAAUGUACCAGUGCGAUCCAGCCCUCUCUAUGAGUACAUCCAAGAGCAGAGGUCUCAAUACCGCGCUUAA